GGUUGUUGAGCCUUGGGAGAAAAGUGCCCGGGCGAAAAGAGGCACUGGAAGAGUCCGGGAGUUCCCAUUUCUGAGAGGCAUCCAGUGCGCUCUCAGAAAGAAGUCCCCUUGUUGAAGCCGCUGAGACUUACUCCCAAGAUAAAGGACCACAAAUGUCUUCAAGGAAUGCAUCAUCAGAGCGCAAACCAGGACAACACAGUCGGUCAGUCCAUUAUGAUGAAGUGAAUGUGGAUUCUUUUUCAGAAGAUGCUGAAAGGGAUUUGCAAGAUGCUGGACAGAUACUUAACACAGAUCCCUUGCCACCACCUCUUCCACUACAGCCACCCUUUGGGCCUGAAUUUUAUCCAAGUGACAGUGAAGAAACUGCUGGAGCCUCCGAUCUCAAACCAGUGAGAAAAUUCAUUCCAGACUCAUGGAAAAACUUCUUCAAAGGGAAAAGAGACGGCCCUGAAUGGAAUAAGCCAGUAGCUGCGAUUUCUGGUGGAGCUGAAUGCUCUCCACCAUCAUCUCCAACACUUACUCCGGUGAAGCCAGGCAAUAUUUCAGUUCCAAGCUCUUACCAGGAUCCUUAUGGAGGAUCUGGGGGAACCUACAAUUCACGGAAAGAAGCUGAAGCCAUGCUCCCACAGGAUCCCUAUGGCUCCCUAGACAGGCAUACACAAACUGUUCUAGCAUACAGUGAGAAAGUAGAAGCCUUUAAUUUGAGAUACUCUUACAUGAAAUCUUGGGCCGGCUUGCUCAGGAUCCUGGGAGUUGCCGAAUUGCUGUUGGGUGCAGUUGUGUUUGCCUGUAUUACAGCUUACAUUCACAAGGACAAUGAGUGGUACAACAUGUAUGGCUACUCUCAGCCACAUGGUUAUGGGGCAAGCGGCAUGUAUGGAGGGGGAAGCAUGUAUGGAGGCUAUUACUACAGUGGGCCUAAAACCCCUUUUGUUCUUGUUAUUGCAGCACUUGUUUGGAUAGUGACUAUUAUAAUUCUAGUACUUGGUAUGUCCAUGUAUUACAGGACAAUUCUUCUAGAUUCCCACUGGUGGCCUUUAACCGAGUUUGGAAUUAAUGUUGCCUUGUUUAUUUUGUAUAUGUCAGCUGCUAUAGUCUAUGUGAAUGAUGCUAACAGAGGAGGACUUUGCUACUACCCAUUAUUUAAUACACCAAUGAAUGCAUCAUUUUGCCGUAUAGAAGGGGGGCAGACAGCUGGAAUUAUCUUCUUGUUUGUAACAAUGAUGAUCUAUCUUAUUGGUGCAAUCGUUUGCCUAAAACUGUGGAGGCAUGAAAGUGCACGGAAACAGCGAGAGCUUAUGCAACAAGAGAUGACAACGACACAAUCUUUUGUACCAAAAAGGAUGUAUGAAGACGGCAGUCCCAAAGUAGCAACAAAUGCAAAGAAAUUCAAGUCUGUGGAACUGAAACCUGAACUACUCAAUGGCCAUAUACCUGCAGGACAUAUUCCGAAACCUAUAGUGAUGCCAGACUACUUAGCGAAAUACCCAGCAAUUCGGACAGAUGAGGAAAGAGACCGAUAUAAAGCUGUGUUUAACGAUCAGUUUUCUGAAUAUAAAGAGCUCUCUGCUGAGGUUCAUGCAGUCUUAAAGAAAUUUGAUGAGCUAGAUGCCUUGAUGCAGAAGCUUCCUCAGCAGCCUGGAAACACUCUUGAACAUGACAGAAUUGCAAAUGUUUUGCAACAGUAUAGAAAGAAAAAGAAUGAUCCCUCAUUUCUUGAGAAAAAAGAACGUUGUGAAUAUCUAAAGAAAAAGCUUUCUCACAUAAAACAGAGAAUUCAGGAUUAUGACAAAGUUAUGAAUUGGAAUGCUUAGGGGGACUUUACUUGCAAGGUUUCAGUUCAGUGGUUUUUUAUAUUUAUUUAUUGCCAUAACUGUAUAAACAUUCUGCUGUGAAAUGAAAUUUUAACUCUUGUGAAAUUUUAUAAAUGCCUUACAUACUGGGCUGACUGGCGCAUAACGCUAAACCAUGGUUUACUGCUAUCUGCACAAGCUGGAAGAAGACUGAGCAAAGCCUUGGCUUUUUGUGCUCCCCCCUUCUCAUGCAGCUGAGGGGACUUUGGUUUCCAGCUAAUCUGGGUUUGCCAUUUGGAACCAGAGACUGUGCAUUAAAACAAACUAUGCUAAGUUUUCGAAAUGAGCCAUCUUCAAACCAUUAUGAAGCUGGCAUGUUUAACCAGCAUUUUAAGCAACAGUUUCUCAUUUGCUAUUAACAACAAGCCUGGGUUAAUGGAAAUGAAAGGUACAUGCUAGCAUAUUUCCUUCUUUCAGCCCCAUAGGACAGGAAGGGUAGAAUGAGUGCUUAAACCCAAGGCUUGGACUCCUUCCUUUUUUCCACAUGGUUUAGUGUUAUGUGUGAGACAGGCCAUUAUCUUGAACAAAUUUUAAGGUUUUACUUCAUUUAUGUAAAUUUUGUACUUCAUGUUCCUGCUCCUUGAUCAUAUAUGAAUACAAUUUAAUUUGAGUGUUUCCUUUUGCUGCUGGAUUAUUAUUUUUUGCUUUUAAUUUGAAUGUUGGUUUCUUGUAAAUGUGAAUCUGUUGUGUCUGAAAGUAUGUGAUAAUUAGGUUUAUGUAACAGCCUGCCUGCCUGCUUGUGUGUGCACACAACACACACAUUUCUAACUGCCCAACAAAUUAUCCGUACUGUUGGUUAGGCUGAUUCCCCAUUUGAAAGACUGAAGAGUCACUCUUAUUUCCCAAGUAAGUAAUGCUCUUAAGGCUAAGAGUGCUGAUUUCCCAGUUCUCUGUGAACAUUGUUCCCAGUGAAGUGCUGGCAACUCUUAAAUUCAGCACCAUAGUGGCCAAGUUUUCCCUUUUCUCGCGAGGAAGCCUAUUCAGCAUAAGGGAAAAUCCCUUUAAAAAAGGGAUAACUUGGCAGCUAUGUUCAGCACCAAGUGCAAAGUAGAGAAAUUUUCAUUCCUUUGUAUUGGGCACCAUUUUUGUGCAAUGGGAUUUGGAAACAGAAACCUGUUGCCCAAAGUUCUGCUUGCCAGGUUCCAUGUUUGAGCAGCUCCUCCUCCUUGCCCAGUUCUUUCUGUUGUUACAAUCCUCUGGGUCAGUUUCACAAACCAGUAAAUACAUUUUUUCCGAUUUAAAGAUACUAACUUUUCUGUCUACUGCCUUUUUCAGAAACUUUCUCUGUAGCUCUUAAUCACGGAACAUUUAAAUAAUUGAAGCAGUCAUUCAAGGGCCUACUUUUGCCUUGCAGCAAAAUUAUCGAAUUAGUAAAGUUGAUGGAUCAAACCCCUGUCUAAUUGUGCCACAUCCUUCAAAAAUUUAUGAAUGACUGCUGGGAAACCUCAGUCGGUAGAGCAUGAGACUCUUCAUCUCAGGGCCAUGGGUUUGAACCCAACAUUGGGCAAAAGAUUCAUUGCAGAGGAUUGAUCUAGAUAACUUUUGUGGUCCCUUCCAAAUCUACAAUUCUACAAUUUUAUAAUGCUUAAAUUCAGAAAGCACUGUUCUCUGCUAUGGGGAGCUCUCAAGUUAUCUCACUCAAGCACAGAAAUGAUUUUUAUAGUGACAACUGCCCUUAUGAAUGUGAUGCAGAAUAUAUGAAAGGAAGAAGCUGAAGUGCACCAUAACCUCUUGUUCAGACAAUAGUCAUUUCUUUUCCCCAAAAUAUUACAUUGUUUGUGCUUAAUUGUAGAAGAAAAAGAUUAGUUUCCUUACCUUUGGGAAAGGAAGUGGCUACAGCCUCAUUAAAAGGUUUAUAGUCAGCCAGGCUAGGUAUGACAUGAAACUGGAGUGCUAAUGCAAAUGAAGCAACGUUUUCAUUGAGGUUUGUUAUUUUGGUUUGAAAAUUGGUGCUGAUAUCUUUUUCUUGGUGAAAUGUAUCCUUACCAAAUAUUUAGCACUGAACUGCUGAUAACACUAAUAAUCUCAGGUGGAAAGGGGGUUCAUUUCAAUCUUUCAUUGCUCACACAACAGCUUACUAUCCAAUGUAACAGCAGAUCCAUAUGUUGCAGAUUGUGUUCAGUGCAUAAAUUGCUGCUGCUGGAUAAAGGUGACUAUUUAUAAAUAGAAACAUCUGUUCCCACCUGAACAGGAGGAGGGAAUCCUUUGGUAAACAUUGUGUGGCUGUCUACACUGCGCCUUAUGGCAAACAUUUGCAUGUUUCAAACGUUAGUAUUUAUACACUCUAUUAUCCUGAUCUUUAAAGAAAAUUUCUAGCUGUUGACAAUCAACUUCUAAUCUUUUGUACUGAUUUUACAAAAUAUUUUUCUAAUAAAAAGGGCAGUGAAACAGUUUUCUUCUUUGCUGAAAAAAUAACCCUGUUCAAUCUUUAUUCUGAAACAUGUUUUUACAUCCCAUAAAAUGUCAACAUAGAAACAUAUUAUAGUACAUAUUGCAGAGCUCAUUGUGGUGUUAGCAAAUUGUUUGACAGAAACUAUAUUUUUAUAAGUUUUCCUUGUUUAUUUUAUAAAUCUAGGUUUUUGUUUCCAACAUCCAGAAAGAACCAUGGUGUCAUUUGUAUCACAUUACUUCUUCUUAUAUUAUAUGAACUUUAUAAAAUGUGAGGUGUCAAAAAUUAAGAACAACCAAUUGUCAUAUGCUGUAUGCUAAAUAUAACAUUUAAAUACUUCUGUCCUUUGGCCUAUAUUAAUGAUUUCUGCAAUGAUAAGCUAAUAAGACUGCAUGUGGACUUCGGUUAAUAAUUAGAACAAAAUUCAUUAGUUUAUUGAAAUACCAACCUUUUGGACUAGUGUACACAUUUGGAAUUUUGAGUGUGUGCUAGGGGCACUAGUCACAGAAUGGGCCACGAGAGGCAUGGCAUAACACAAAAUUCCUGCAUGAAGAGUGUGGCAUAACACAAAGUUAAGAAACAGCCACCAUGGUAAGUCAUAGCUGCCAAGUUAUCCCUUUUUUAAAGGGAUUUUCCCUUAUGCUGAAUAGGCUUCCUCGUGAGAAAAGGGAAAACUUGGCAGCUAUGUGGUAAGUAUGAUUUCUCUCUCACAAAGCAAUGCUGUUGCUGCCCAUCAUAUACAGACUUGUUUAAAGUUACAGGUUCUCCUGCAGUAAUUCCUUUUUUUCUCACCUAAAACCUUGCUGAGGGGCACAGAUCAUUGCAGAAACUGUAGCAGAAGAGAAACUGAGAAGCCCAUCAGUGAAAAAUUGUUAUUAAAUUUCUAUACCGCCCUUCAUCCGAAGAUAAUGGGUCGUUUGCAAUAUAAAAACACAAAAAUAUUUAGCGUAAUAAGCGAACAAAAACAAUAACCCACAUAGACAGUUUAAAAGGCCAUAGAUCAGGCAUCCCCAAACUGCGGCCCUCCAGACGUUUUGGCCUACAACUCCCAUGAUCCCUAGCUAACGGGACCAGUGGUCAGGGAUGAUGGGAAUUGUAGUCUAAAACAUCUGGAGAGCCGAAGUUUGGGGAUGCCUGCCAUAGAUUGUAUUUUAAUUUAUUACAUUUCAUAUAGAAUUAUGUAUAAAACAUGAGAAUAAAUUAUAGAUAAUUGCUUGGUUUGGUAUAAGCCCAUUGUUAUCUCAAUUCAUAUACAGCCAGGUUUAAUAAUUUAACUGUUUAUAUUUGGACCACUUUUCUGCUGUACUUUAUUGGAAGGAGAAAAAUAAACAUUUCCUUAAUAACAAUUUAAACAAUCUAUUUAACUAAAACAAUAACAUUAUAGCAUAUGUAUCCAUGUUUGUUAACUGAUUUGGUUAAACUUUUUUUAAUAAAAAACUUAUCGACAUGAGUUUUAGCACACAUGAAAAACUUAAAACAAAUCCUUAUUUCCUGAUGAAUAGCCUUUGGACUAUAAUGUAACUUAAAUAGAAAACUAUCUUUAGAAAGAUUUUUCCUACAAAAGCUUUUUUUAUUUUAAAAAAACUGAUUAAAAUAUAUGUACAGGUAUAUAUAUAUAUAUCUGAUUUUUUAAAAUAUAUUUUUUAAUCAUUGAUUUUUAUCCACCCUGGCUCCCAGCAGCUUCACAUAGAUGUUAAAUAACACUGGGGACAAAAUUAUGCCCUGCCGAACUCCAGAGCACUCCCCAAACACUACUCUCUGGACUCAACCAUACAGGUAGGAACAGAACUAUUGUAGUACAGUGCCUCUGGUACCCAUUCUAAUCACUUGAUCCAGAAGGAUACCAUGACCAGGUAAGUGGUAUCAAAAAUUGAUGAUAAAUCAAGUAAGAGUAACAAGGUUGUACUCCUCCUGUCCCUCUCUCGAUGAUUCAUUAGGCUGACAAAGUCCAAUUCAGUCCUGAAAGCAGGUCUAAACCCAGAUUGAAGUGGCUCCAGAUAUUCAGUGUCAUCCAGGAACACUUGCAUAAACACCUAAAGUAUGAGAAACAGCUUUUGAGCAAGAAUAGGCACAUUCAGAAUGGAAAACUAUUGCCUGGGACACCUAAUUAGCCUUUGUUGUAUUGCGUUACUCAGCAACCCAUUAUUGUUUUGGGAGGAAUAAAUAAAUCACAAUGUUGAAUUGUUUGGCUUCAGCAAUACAUUAUGACCUCUCUUGAAAAGCAAACAUUAACUUGACCAGUUUUAUGAAGGAUGGAAAAUCCCUUGCAUAAAGGAUCACAUGGUGGCUAUGCCCAGUGGUGGUGGUAGUAUUUUUUAAAGAAUGCUAUUAAGAAAGUCAUUCAUGGUGAGUUAUACAAUUCAAUGAUAGUUCUUUUAGACAUAAUGAAAAGAGUUUGGACAUCUAGGAAUGAUUGUUUUUCUGUCUGCAGAAUAAUAUUUAAAGCUAAUAUAAAAAGGUAAUCUUUAUUAUUUUGAAACUAAAGUAUUGCAUUAGAUGUACAGAAGGAAGAAGUACAAGCUUCUGGAUAAGAUGGCUCAGCUUCUUUUUUACAGUGGCAGUAGGGAAGUAAAUAUAGAACAUGUUAAAAACUUAUGGCAUUGAUACAAUGUAGAAACUCGUAUUUUCAUUAUUAUUUUAAUGUUGCAAAUGCGAAGAGUUGCUAAUAUGCAUAUGAAUGUACCGUAUUUUCCCAUGUAUAAGACUAUAUUUUUUCCUAAAUUUUUGAAGUUUAAAAUAAGGGGUCGUCUUAUACACAGUGCAUAGUUCAUUUUCUUAAUUUUGAGUCCCCCAAAAUAGGAGUCUUAUACACGGGGGCAUCUUAUACACCGAAAAAUACGGUAUUUUAAAAAGACAAAAAAACUUGCGUCUUAAUACUUCAACCAUGAAGAAUGUUUAGUGUUUCCUUUUGUUUCCAUGCUUUUUGUUUUGUUUUGUUCCUGUUGAGAUGAAAAAGCGACUACAUGCAAUAGUUAGGAUCUAAAGCUCUCUGAAACUUACUUUUUACUCCAUUGGGAGGUUUGAACCAGUGUUUGUUGGACAGAAGCAAUUGUCCUUCAUGUCACAUGACAAAGUGCUUUUGAACCUGUUAGAAAAAGUUUGCGGUAUGGAAUGAUAGGUUUUGCUAGACAAAGGGAAAGCAGUCAAAAAUGGCAGUGGCCAUGAGAAGCUCUUAACAGCUCCUAAAAUGGCUCUUUGGAUUUUGACCAAUAUUGUUAUGAACCAUGCAUUUAUGAACUAGAAAUUGUUAUUUUAUUGUUCUUUAGGAGGUUUUCUGGAAGGUAUUUUAUUAUGUUAGUUAAUACACUAUUGUUUUAAAGUAAGGGAGCACAGUGGGGGCCCUCUUGG